AGUAGUUCUAUGGGACGGAUAGUAGAAUAAGCAUAUGUAAAAUAACAACAAUGGAGAAAUGUUUCAGGUCUACAACUAAACUCGUUGUGCUUCUUACUUAUGCUUAUGUUGAGACGAUCAUGUGUAUAACAAUGAAGAGAACAGAUCCAAAUGUGUGUCCAAGAACAGUCAACAGCAAUACUGGAACCCAAACAAAGCUCAUACUAGAGUGUUGUCCCGAUUAUAUUUACAAGAAUGGAAAAUGUCAAGCAUGUCCAGCAGGAAAAUUUGGAAAAAAUUGCUUGCAGCCAUGUCUGUCUAAUUAUCAUGGGGUGCAGUGCAAAAAACUAUGUAACUGUACAGAUAAUAAGAAAUGUGACCCAGUUCAUGGAUGUGUUUGUGAUACAGGGUAUACCGGAUUCAACUGCUCAAAUGCAUGUCCAUCUGGAAAAUACGGUGUGACCUGCAGUGAAGAAUGUUUCUGUGCACAUAAUGCUGAGUGUGAUCCUGUAACAGGAGGAUGUUUAUGUUCUGCAGGAUGGUUUGGGCCCCUUUGCACCAAGGAAUGUACACUGGGAACAUUUGGAAAGAACUGUAGUGGGAUUUGUGACUGUCCAGAUGGUUCACAGUGUGAAAUUAUAACAGGAAAUUGCAUUUCACUUAAAGAUGAGAUUAAAAACAUGAAUUCAGAAAAAGACAGUGAUAAAUCUAAUACAGUAAUGGUUUAUAUCGUGAUGGCUGCUGCUCUUAUUGGUCUGGUCUGUGUUGUAACAAUGGUCGUGAAAGUUAAAGAAACAUUAUGUCGACAGGUACAAAAACCAAGGAAGGACAUUUCAAAACCAAAGUUGAUACGCCGGAAAGCUAAACGAAGGCGGUCGUCAGUCCAGACACAAGACGCUCAGACUGGAUCGUUUAUUAUAGAUUCAGAAUUUUCCAUGUUUCCACCUCCAAUGGAAGAAGAUGUUUAUUGCGAAAUUGGAGACAUCAGCACACUAGAACCAGAUCGUUAUUAAUGUCCACAUACAUAUUCAGACGUCAUACAUUCCAACAUGUUUGACAAUUUUGUACAAUUAAUUGAUUUUACCACAUUAGCUGUCACAUGGUAAUUCAUUAACGUGUGUGUAAACAUUACAACUUUGACCUUUUUCUUAUUUUCUUUUUUAAAUUCUAAUAGUUCAAAUUGUAAAUACAACAAUUUUAUGCAGAAACUUUAUCCGACAUAUGAUUUAAACCAAAGAAAUCUUUACAUCAUCGUCUUGUAUUAUCAACAAUUCUCUGCCCACGGCACCACAAACAAGAUGUAUCAAUUUUUUUUUCAGAUCUUGAUGUAGGUUGAAUUUAAGGAAAUUUUAAAAGCGUUCACGGUUAAAUUUUAUUUCCCAUUGAUUAGUAAUCAGAGGCUUGUAGUGAUUAAUAACGUAUGUAAGGUAUUAUUUGUUUUAUAUUUUUUUUUCUUUCUGUUUUCAUUGAUAUUUUGACACUUACUAUAUUAUAUAUGUUUUUUUAUGUUAUAGCAUUUUCUGUGAGUUAAAUGCAGAUUUUACUGCUGAUUAGACCUUAAAGUCAAUCCAUGGGCUUAAAGGGAAAAAGCAAUCGUCAAAACUGAAUGCUUUUUUCACUGAAUACCAGGGUUUAGAAAGCCACAAUAAUGCAUUUUUUUAAUGCUGGGUUUGUUUCGUCAGUAUGGUCAAAUGCAAUCUCGGUACCAAUAUUCAGAUCUGGUGAUGUUAACGAUGCAUAAAAUUUUUGCGGUAUUCGAUCUAGAAUUUCAGCAAUCUAGGUAAUCGUUUUACAACAUUUUUGAAUAGAAGAUUGUUUAAAUGGACAACUUUAAAUGAUAUUUUAUCGUAUGCACCGUGUGGCUUUCAAUAUAGUAUAUUUGAUGCUGUUAGUUUAUAUUCUGUUUUUCAAAAACACUUUGUAAACAUAAACAAUUUUUAUUUUACUGUUUGUUCAUUUUUAUGGUACAAAAUCGCAAAAAUCUAUGUUUUAAAAUAUAUGUUUAGUAAUGUGAUAUCAUGUAUUAGAUUAAAUGCGAUGAAUCCGGAUUACUUUUGUAACAACCUUGGUUUGGUAAAAGGGGUAGUUAUUUCUCCUAUUUGAUACAGAACAAAAAACAGGGCUUAUCUUUUAAGUCAAAGAAAACAUAAAUAGUUGAAUUUCUUAAAGUUGGAAAAAAAUGACUUAAUGAAAUAUGGGUCUAAAAUAAGAAAAAAAAAAAUUGAAAUGGCUGAAGUUGUUUACAAUUUUGUUAUUUAGGCGUAUUAUAACCUUGUAAGGGGUAAUAUUUUAAUACAAUAAAACAUUAUGCAGAACAAGGUAGAAAACUAUGUUCAAUAUACGGAGAACUACUGUACGUUACUUUGGGUACUAAUCGGAAUUAUAAAAACUGUUUUAUUGCUAUUUAAGUGUGAUAGAAAAUGAAUUUCAUGUUGUUCUAUAGUGAAGUACAUACACUGAGUUGUGUAAAAAAAUGUAUUUAUAAAUAUUACUGCUCUAUGUCAUUAACUUUCAUGUUGAAAACACAUUACAGCGAUGAAACCUAGGGAUAGGGAAAUAUAUAGACAAUAACUGUAUAGUGUCUUUAAAUAUCAGCUGUAUGUGUACGAGGCUAGGAAACAGGUGUAAUGCGACAUCCAGCGAGCUAUUACUCCUGUUUCGAGCCGAGUACUCAUACAGCUGAUAUUUAAAGACACUAUACAGUUAUUGUCUUUAUCCUGCAAUGAAUUUUUUUUCCAUCCCAAUCGUUGAAUUUGUUUUUGAAAGAAAUCGACAUGACUUAAACGCGGACCGCGAUGAGGACCCCAAAUUGACCUGUAACGUAAACAUUAAUUUGACAUAACCGUUCGCUCGCAACAGAAGCAGGAUACCAGGAGACUGUAUCCGUCUAGUAUACGUAUAACGAUUCGUGUUAUCUGUACACCUGUAUUAGUAUAGUAGAGAGGUCGAUUGCAGAAUAAAUACAUUUCUCUUUUCAAUUCAGACACUUCAUUGUAAAGAUCUUUUGCAAACAUAACACUUCUGAUGUCAUCUAUUGUUAUUUAUAUAUAUUGCUUAAUACUUAAGAUUCGAAUUUGAUAGAGAAUAACAAUUGUUAUAAACUGUUUUGAUGAAAUGUAAAUGAAAGUUAUUGAACAAAUAAAAAAAU